GGAAGGAAAAGAGUUCAAAGAUGCAGACAUCUAUGAGAUGAACCCCCCUAAGUACGACAAGAUUGAGGACAUGGCCAUGAUGACCUACCUGAAUGAAGCCUCUGUGUUGUAUAACCUCAAAGAGCGUUAUGCAGCAUGGAUGAUCUAUACCUACUCUGGGCUCUUCUGUGCCACGGUGAACCCCUACAAGUGGCUCCCUGUGUACGACGAAGAGGUUGUCAACGCCUACAGAGGGAAGAAGAGGGUGGAGGCUCCACCCCAUAUCUUCUCCGUCUCUGACAACGCCUUUCAGUUCAUGAUGAUUGAUAAGGAGAACCAGUCCGUCCUGAUUACCGGAGAAUCCGGUGCAGGAAAGACUGUCAACACCAAGCGUGUCAUCCAGUACUUUGCCACCAUUGCAGUGUCUGGUGGCAAGAAGGAAGCAGACCCCAGCAAAAUGCAGGGGUCUCUUGAGGAUCAGAUCAUUGCAGCUAACCCUCUGCUGGAGUCUUACGGUAAUGCCAAGACAGUGAGGAACGACAACUCGUCUCGCUUUGGUAAAUUCAUCAGGAUUCACUUCCAGGCUGGUAAACUGGCUAAAGCUGACAUUGAAACCUACCUGCUGGAGAAGUCCAGAGUGUCCUUCCAGCUGCCCGAUGAGAGAGGCUACCACAUCUUCUUCCAGAUGAUGACAGGCCACAAACCUGAGCUAGUUGAAUUGGCGCUUCUCACCACCAACCCCUACGACUUCCCCAUGUGCAGCCAGGGUCAGAUCGCUGUGGCCAGCAUUAAUGACAAUGAAGAGCUGGAUGCCACAGAUGAAGCCAUUACAAUCCUGGGCUUCACUAAUGAGGAGAAGCUUGGAAUCUACAAGCUGACAGGAGCUGUAGUGCACCAUGGCAACUUGAAAUUCAAGCAGAAGCAGCGUGAGGAGCAGGCCGAGCCAGACGGCACAGAGGUGGCUGAUAAAAUUGCCUACCUGCUGGGCCUGAACUCAGCUGAGAUGUUGAAAGCUCUGUGCUACCCCAGAGUGAAGGUCGGCAACGAGUAUGUGACCAAGGGACAAACUGUGGCACAG